AUGCGCCACCUCCUGCUGGAGGUGAAGCUACCCUUCAUGGAUGUGUACCUUGUGGAGACAUACCUAUUCCAUCCCACACAGUACACGCCCACUAUACAGGCCAUCGACGAGAGGUCUACUUCGGAUGCACGCGCAUCGAUGGACCAGACAUGCCGCAAGCACAAUAUCCGCAGUGAUGUCACAAGGCAGCCUCCGUCCACGCUGCCAGGAGUUGAACUGGAAAGCACCCCCACCACAAGGCGUGUCACCUCGGCAGCGGUGUCCCCUUCGCCUAGCGACAAGGUGCUCAAAGACGCGAAACACGCGGGCAGCUACCCAUUUAAAGGGCCUGAGCGGGUCAGCGAGAGGCACCGAGGCAGGCUCGUUGAAAAGGCGGCACUCGCUGAAACUCCACCGAGGCGGGCGGCGACGCAGACAACGACUGCCCAGGCGGGUAGGCACACCGGGGCUCUUUGCCUCUCUCCGUCAGCCACAGACCCCCCUGACAUCAACAAGGUGGGCGUCAUGAACUGCGCAGACGCCGGGGAGGCUCAUCCUCAUCCACGACCGCCCCUACCACGUCCACCGCGCUCGGACGAGGGGCCGCGACCGCCGGCACGCAUCGCCAUCGUCAGCCGCAGCGCCCCUACAGAGAGCCUCGCGCCGCCGCAGCAAGAUGCGCCGACUGCCCUUCCACUCUCCUUGCUACGUACGAUGGAAUGUGUGCUGAGGGAGUACAAGGCAGCACUUGCCGUCGCAUUGCGAGCUGUCAUGCAUCGAGAAGCCGUGUGGACUGCCCUCCAGCAGUUUCUUCACGUGGUGCGCUCGGACUGGGCCCCGCUGGGGGCUCGCGAGUCACCGUUGGUUGCACCCGGCUCAUCACAGCCGUGUGGCCGAUCGAAUGGGGCUGCGGAUGGGGCGCUUGGCUCCUCUGGAAUCUCUGGAGCACUGCAGAUACUGCGUUCGCCGCGUGAAAGUGGUGUCAGAUCCGGCAACAUGGCUGGCGGCACUUGCCAAGCAGAGGCGCUCCCGUCUCCGCAAUGCACGCUGCUUGGAGUGAGCUCGUUAAAAAGCGCUGCAGAAAGUGAGUGUGGCACCGUCGAGCGUAGCUCGACGCCGGAGACUCUGGCAACCUUGCAACCACCGACCGAGCUAACCGGAACACUCGUCCACCAAGAGACCAUGCGAAGCAGCAGCGUCCCAUCUCUCAACAGGACGACUGCACCUGCGGACAGCGCUAAUCGCCAUGAUGACGCAGUUGUGCGUACAGCGGACUGUGAGAUAGAGAGGCAUGUCGCCACUAUUGUGCGACCGCCACAUGCUGCCGGUAGUGCAGAGCGGGGUCGACACCCUCGUCGACAGCAACGUACAUCUCUUCGCCUCUCUGUCGAAGUCCUUCAAUACACGUCUGCAAAGUUCACAGGUGGAGCUGCAAGCGCAGAAACAAGGGCAAUGGAAGGGACUCCAUCAUAUCAUCAUCAGUCGCCACCAGCGAGAACCGCACCGCUCCUGCUUCGCCUGCCCACCUCCACACCAUCACCUAGCACGGGUGCCGUGAGGGAUGUCACUGGCAGGCUUGCGUCGGCUCGUGUGCGCUCAGCGGCCGCGCAAAGUCUCAGAAAACUCGACCGUGAAGACUCGCGCCUCUCCACUGGAGAAGAGAGGUCCACGCAUAGCGUUGUCGCGCAUCGAACUCUCGCUGUUCGCCAUGUGUUUCCAGCGCUUUCUGGCGCACCGCCAGCCCUCUAUCCGCCGCGAUCAGCUGCAGCCUCCGAUGGGACUCGCCGUCGCUCUCAAUCGGCGCCGUGCGUGGCAGCGGCUGCGUUGCACUCGCCUCGUCCACAGCCUGACUCAUCGUUUGGCGUGAAACCGCGCGUACAGAUUACCUCCAGGUGUGAUGAUGAGGCAGGUGCCGCCCCUUCACGCACAGCGCGAUCAGCGUCCGACCGCGGUACUCCCAUGGCGCCAAGGGCAGCACGAGCCUAUCGUUCGCUGCAGGCAUCGCCUGCGUCGCCGGGGCCACGGCAGCAGGAGUCGCACGGUGGGCCACUUGUGACUGGUCGGUCGAAAAGCGAGUGCGCUCCGCGACCACACAGUGGUGUGGUGCCCUCUCUGGGUGUGCGUCUACACGCGGUGUCCCGGCAGGUGUACGCAGCCUGCUUGUAUCAUUACCUCUUCUAUCUCCAGCGUACGACUCUCGCUGUGGUGGAGGCUGUCGACGAGCUGCGGCGCGACCACCUCACCCAUGCCGCACCGUUCGUAGUCGAGCACCGUAACUACCUCCUCGAGGUGCUUAUGCAGACCUCCACGCUGACGCGCGACGCGGCGGUGAAGUGGCUGAUGCACGAGGCCACCGUUGAUGACGAACGUGACUCGAAGAACGAGGGUCAUGAGUGCCCUGUGGCUGGCCAGCUCAGCGUGCUGAACAGCGGCGCACCGCACCACACGACGCCAGUGCCCAGCGUCGCACAACAAAACUGCAACCAUGCCCCUGACGCCAAGCGCUCGACUUAUGAAUUACUGUGCACCAAUUCCUCUCGCCACUCCACUGCUGAACUCACACAGGAUGCCGAAGAGUCAGGCGAGAGAGCCGCUCAGCGCGCCGGGCAGCUCGCUGCUGCGCGUGUUCAGUGGCCUGAGCAGUUGCUGCAAUCGCCGCUGAUGAGUACCCAUGCCAAUCUCGCCCGAUAUGCGGCGACACCAAGGUUCCUCGCCCAACUGGAGUCAGCGCAGAACACCACACCACGCGCUGGCGCGAACGCCACAGUAGAUGCUGCACAUCCCAGUGGCGCUGACCGUGGUCAGUAUACGGUGCCUCUCAGUACUUCGCCGACGCUAGCGACACUGUUGCCCUUGCGCUUGGUGCUGCCGGAGGACGUGCUGGUCUCGUACAGUGGUGACGCUGCUACGCCUGAGGAUGAGCGAAAUCGAACAAGGUCCGCUAGCACCCGUGCAGUUUGCUUGAACACAGUGCCGCCUGGUACCGCGCUGCGCAAGCGUCUUGAGAGCGGCGAGCGCCUUUUACAUCUUGAGGUGGCAGCGCAGCUCAAGUAUCUGCAGACAUGUAUGCAAUGCGCAUUGGAGCACGAGUAUCCGCUCUAUCUUCGCGGGAUGUUGGAGGUGCAUCGACGCUUUUUCGAAGGCACGAAGAGUAUGGCCGGAUUGUGCGGCGACGCAGCGGGGGAGGUGUGCGCGACAGACGGUGAGAAGGUGGAUGCCGCCGUGACGAGUAUCGGUACUCCUGCCACGCACGGCAGAGCGGAUGUCACUACGGCGCGUGUGCGCUACGACCGCGUGUUGCUCAAGGACGAGCUUUUGCGGGCGGACUGGAUGAAGGAGCUGCAGGUGUCGUGGCAGCUGCUCAUGUCAGGUAGCAGCAGCGUGGAGUAG